CGUGAACUUUGCAUUAGAUGAAUCCUUGGCAAUGGCUAGCCUUAAAUUUAUACACUUCCUUUCAAUUAUUAUCCUCUUGACCAUCACCGCUGGUUCAGGAUGCGCCAUGGCGUCGCUGCCAGCAGUCAAAGGUGCUUAUUGGCCUUCAUGGUCUGAAACAUUUCCACCAUCUGCCAUAGACACAAGCUUAUUCACUCAUAUCUACUAUGCUUUUCUCAUGCCAAAUAAUGUUACGUUCAAGUUCGAAAUACCCGAUUCGACUGCUGCUCUCCUUCUCAAUUUUGCAACCACACUUCACCAUAAAAAUCCGCCGGUGAAAACCCUCAUCUCUAUUGGCGGAGGAGGAGCUGAUCCUCCUAUGUUUGCUAGGAUGGCAUCAGAGGCAAAGUCACGUCAGGUGUUCGUAAAUUCAGCUAUCGAAGUAGCAAGAAAAUUUGGGUUUGAUGGGCUAGAUCUUGACUGGGAAUUCCCUAAAGAUCCAAAAGAGAUGCAAGACUUGGGCCAUUUGUUUAAAGAUUGGCGUGAUGCUAUCCAAAAGGAGGCUAAGUCCACAAAAAAGCCUCCUCUGCUGCUCACGGCGGCCGUUUACUUUUCCGUCGAGUUCUUAUGGGAUGAGAUAUACCGAAAGUUUCCAGUGGAACCAAUGAAAAACAAUUUGGACUGGAUUAAUGUAAUGUGUUAUGAUUAUCGCGGUUCGUGGGAUACAACAGCCACAGGAGCCCAAGCUUUAUUGUAUGAUCCAAAGAGUAAUAUAAGCACAAGCUAUGGGCUUACGUCAUGGACAAGGGCCGGAAUGCCUAAGCACAUGGUUGUUAUGGGCCUGCCAUUAUAUGGGAAGACUUGGAAGCUCAAAGACCCAAAUGUAAAUGGAAUCGGAGCCCCGGCGGUCGGGGUUGGCCCGGGAGACGACGGUGUGCUGAUUUUUUCCGAGGUGGUGAAGUUCAACAAGAAGAAUAGAGCAACAGUGGUGUAUGAUGCGGAAACUGUAUCUACAUAUUCAUAUGCUGGAUCAACAUGGAUUGGGUAUGAUGAUACCGUGUCCACCACUACUAAAAUAGGAUUUGCUAAGGCUCAUGGGCUUCGUGGGUAUUUUUUUUGGGCCAUUAGCUUUGAUGAUGAGUGGGAAAUCUCAACACAAGCUUCAAGGGCAUGGACUAUUUGAUGAAUUAUAUUGAAGAUUGGGAGAUGGUAUAAUUUCAAGUUUCCUAAGGGUUGAUUAGAGAUUAAUUCAAGCAAAUGGUUAUGAAUGGAAAUUUAAAUAUCAUCUUUUUUUUUUUUUUUUAAUUGUGUGCAAUUGUUAAAUUUACUCUCAUAAAAGUCUACAACGUUGAUAAAUUAGUAUUAGUAAAGUGUUUUCCUGGGGAAAGAUUGUGUAAAUUACUCAAACACCACUAUUUUAUAUAGAGGGUGAGACUCAAAUCUUUCAAUCUUUCUAUUAUUUAGAUGGUGUUUGCACUGAUAGGGGGAGGGGGCUGGGAGUUGCCAUGGCCCCCUAACUUUGUGAAAAAUAAAAUUACACAUGUAUUUUUAUGAUUGAAAAUUUGUUACAA